AUGACGAAGGCCGAACAUAUCACCACACGAACAAUGGUAGAAUACGUACCACACCCAACAUGUUUGGAACAACGGACGUGUGAAGAUUGUUUGGCCCUCUCGGAUCCAAACCAUUUCAAGUGCGCUUGGUGCCCAAAAGCCAAUCGCUGCAGCGACGGACACGAUCCAUACCGGCCUGACUGGGAUCUGAUGGGUUGUCACGUGCACAAUUGGACUACAGCAUGCUCAUUCGUAACCACAACGUGGGAAUCGGUUAUCUUGACAACAAAUUCAGCCCUGCAAUCCACGAGCACGAAGGUACUACUUAACGCGACUGGGAUAGGGGAUGUCGACGCGAGUGUCACUCAGGCUCCUACAUUCAUGCCAAGCAGAUGUCUGUCGCUGUGCCUACUCUUACUGGUUCUACUACUACACGUAACAAUAUUUGCCUUCUUCGUAUGGCAGCUCAUCCAAAUGAAACAAAAGAGCAAAACUCCAAGUUUUCACAAACAUCGGAUUCAC